AUGUUCCGAGAUGUAGUGGAUCGAAGCAAUGAGCCUCCUCGCAUCAAGCUGUAUCAUCUAGAGAAGGCUCUAGUGGGAGACGCUGCCAAAUUGAUUGACGCCAGGACUCUAAAUGAAGGAAACUACCACAGAGCCUGGCAACUGCUAGAGAAGAGAUACGAGAACAAGCGGCGAAUGAUCGAUUUGCAUAUUCGCGGGUUGUUAAGCAUGCAAAAAAUAGUGAAAGAAAAUUACAGUGAGCUGCAAAAAUUAGUUGAAACUUUCAGCAACCAUGUGGAGAAUUUAAAGUUUCUUGGACAGGAAUUUACUGGUGUUUCAGGGCAAAUUGCUGUUUAUCUGUUAGCACAAUCCAUUGAUGACGAGACGAAGAAACUUUGGGAGGCGACCAUACGGCGAGGUGAACUACCAAAUUUUGACUUAACAGUACAAUUUUUAAAAGAUCGAGUGUCAAUUUUGGAAAGAUGUCAGCCAACCGAAGAAAUUAAAUUCAAGCAGCAGCGCAUUUAUUCGAACCCGUCCUUGGAAGAGCCUUCGAUUCAGCGUUUCAACUCAGCGAAUUCUCCUGCAGUGCAACAAAGUCAAUGUGAUUUCUGCAGUAACAUCCAACCAUCUUACAAGUGUCCGGAAUUCAACAGUUCUACAUUGAGUCAACGUCUGCUGAAGCUUCCCGAAGUUAAACUACCAACCUUUGACGGAUGUGUUUCAGAAUGGAUAACCUUCCGGGACACUUUUAAAUCACUCAUAGACUCGAAUCCCCAACUGUCGCCAAUAGACAAACUGUCGUAUCUCGUUGCAUCUCUUUCUAAAGAUGCCAGGAAAGUUGUCGAAUCCGUCGAACACACAGCCGCAAAUUAUACUGUUGCUUGGGCACUGCUGGAAAAGCGAUUCGACAAUAAAAAGUUGAUUGUAAAAACCUAUAUUGAUAGUCUUUUUUCGAUUGAACCAAUAAAAAAGGAAUGUUACGAAUCACUAAUGCAUUUAGUUGACGAUUUCGAGCGGAAUCUGUGCAUGAUCGAGAAGAUAGGCAUUCCAACGGACGGUUGGAGUGUGUUGCUGGCACAUAUGAUUUGUAGUCGCCUAGAUGCGUCGACGUUGAAGCAAUGGGAAAUUCAACACAAAUCCACGGAAGUUCCCAAAUACAAUGAUAUAAUAACAUUCCUUCGCACACAGCUUACAGUGUUACAAUCUUUGACAUUGUCGAAGUCACGUUCGGUCGAUCCAGUCAGAUUCGAUUCAAAUAGAUCACAGAAAUCUAAGAUAAAUACAGUCCACACAACUACCAAUACCACAUCAUCACCUGGUUCAUGCCCUUUUUGUUUGAAAUCACCGCAUUCGCCAUUCAAGUGCGAAUCAUUCCAGAAAUUGUCGGUAGCCCAACGCUUCGAACAGGUGAAAAAGAAAAAUCUGUGCAUCAACUGUUUUUCCUCCUCCCACCUACUCAGAAAUUGUUCUUCCGGUGCUUGCAGAGUAUGCAACCAAAAGCAUCACACUAUGCUCCACCAACCAUCGCAAGAUCGCUUGUCCACUCAAUCGAAACCACACACCUCUGCUGUUUUGACCACUUCGCCAUCGCAUCAAAUUGAUCAGUCCAGCUUAUCAAACCAACCGUCACAACCACGGUUAUCAUCGUCGACAGAAUCUCAAUUGCCUUCAACCUCGGCCCAAACUAGCCUCGUGUCCACCACUCUCGUUGGUAGCAGUCAAAGAAUGCCUGCUACAGUUCUGCUGCAAACCGCAAUCAUCAAGGUUUUCGGUUCUGGUGGAGACGCCCUGUGGGCCAGGGCACUGUUGGAUCCUGCGUCGCAGUUGUGCUUAAUUACUGAAAACAUGGUCCAGAAAUUAAAGCUUCGUCGCUAUCCAAAUCGCCAAGAAAUUGGUGGAGUUGGAAACACUCUCGUCGUGUCGUAUCAUGCUGUUGACGUUCGGAUAGGAUCUCAUUGUACGAAAUUUACGGUUGAGGAAUCUUGUCAAAUAUUGAAGAAAAUCACUCGUGAGCUUCCAGUGAACCCUGUUGAUUCGUCAACUUGGAAUAUUCCAUCCGAAGUCAUACUGGCUGAUCCAAUGUUCUAUGCGCCAGGGCCAAUAGAUUUGCUUCUGGGAAUGGAACUAUAUUUCGAUCUUCUUCUUGAAGGAUUAAUAAAACUGGGCCCUGAGAAGCCAGUUCUUCAAAAUACUGUUUUCGGAUGGGUAGCAUCCGGAAAAAUUGUAGCUCACCACCCUCGUACCCAACACAAGUUAGCUCACGUGUGCAGCGCAGAAUCAGUCGAUGAUCCAAUCUCUCGCUUCUGGGAAAUAGAAUCUUGUUGGUCCAAUAGUAUACGAUCCCCAGAUGAAACUUUCUGCGAGCAGCAUUUUGUUGCUAACACCUUUCGUGACGAAUCUGGAAGAUUUGUCGUUACCUUACCGAAACGCCCAGAUAUAUUGUCUCAACUCGGGAGUUCCAAGGAAAUAGCCACUCGAAGGUUCCUUGCCCUUGAACGCAGACUUGAUGCGAACCUCCCACUCAAAGAAGCGUACACUUCAUUUGUUGCUGAAUAUUUGCAACUCAAUCACAUGCGUGAGAUCGACGACACGGAUAACACAUUUCCGUCUUACUACUUACCUCAUCAUGGAGUAGAGAAGGUGGAUAGUACAACCACCAAAUUACGGGUGGUCUUUGACGCCUCUUGUCGAACGGACAGCGGAUUUUCGCUGAAUCAGGCGUUAAUAGUGGGACCGGUUCUACAGGAUGACAUUCUAGACAUUUCGCUUCGCUUCAGAAUUCAUCAGUUUGCUAUUAUUACGGAUGCUGAAAAGAUGUAUCGGCAGAUCCGCCUCCACCCUGACGAUUUUCCACUGCAUCGAAUUCGCUGGCGGUCCUCUUCCUCGGAACCGCUGAAAACGUUUGAACUAACCACAGUCACCUACGGUACUGCCUCGGCGCCAUACUUGGCUACAAGAUGUCUCCUUGAGUUGUCGAAACAGGGAGCUAAUGAAUUUCCUCUAGCCGCGAAAGUCCUGUCAAAGGAUUUUUACAUGGAUGACAUGCUUACCGGUGUCGAUGAUGAAGAAGAGGGAAAACACUUGUGCAGGCAACUGCGAAGCCUGUUACAAUCUGCAGGUUUUAAUCUACGCAAAUGGGCGUCAAACUCGACAGCUAUAUUAUCAACCAUACCUCCCGACCAACGCGACGAUCGAGCAGUAAUAGCACUGGACUCACCAGCAACCAUAAAAACCCUUGGACUAAUAUGGGAGCCAUCGACCGAUUUACUCCACUACUCUGUUCCUAAUUGGUCCCAAACAGAAAACAUCACAAGACGAACCGUAUUGUCGGAUACAGCAAAGCUUUUCGACCCUCUCGGCCUGAUUGGGCCGGUGAUAGUCCUUGCCAAGAUAUUUGUUCAAUCUCUCUGGCGAACUUCUGCAUCCUGGGACAAUCCACUAGACGAGUAUCAACAGCAGCAUUGGUUGGAGUUCCACAGUAGUUUGCAAGGAUUAGUAUCUAUUACCAUCCCAAGGUGGGCAACCCCUUCCUUCAAUCGCGUAGUGCUUGAAAUGCACGGGUUCUGCGACGCCUCUGAGAAGGCUUACGGGGCCUGUUUGUAUUUGAGAGUUGUUUCAAAUGACGGCAGAAUAGCCGUGCGUUUACUAACCGCCAAAUCUAAGGUGGCCCCUCUCGGUGAUUCGAAGAAACAAAAACGCAUCUGCCUACCGAGGUUGGAACUCUCAUCUGCCCUUCUGUUGAGCCAUCUGUACCAUAAAGUUCAAGCCAGUACAACGCUGAAUGUCAAGACAAUCUUCUGGACAGACUCGAUGAUCACUCUACAUUGGCUUCGGUCGACACCAUCUAGAUGGAAAACCUUCAUCGCAAACCGUGUUUCUGAAGUGCAGCAUCUCACACAAAGCGGUAUUUGGGCGCACGUUCCAGGCAUCGAAAAUCCUGCAGACAUAAUUUCCCGUGGUAUGCGGCCAGCACAAUUGCAAGAAACCGCAUCCUGGUGGAAUGGUCCACCCUGGCUCAGCCAACCAUCGCGUUUUUGGCCACCUCUAAUUCCACAAACUUCCGUCGAAUUGCCGUCAGAAAUGCUGGAAGAAAGGACAGUUUCUCUGCCAGUGCGGGUGCACCCUCCGAAUGAAAUCUUUUUCUUACGAUCGUCGUUUCCGGCGCUUGUUCGUCUAAUUGCACUUCUUCGUCGCUUCAUUUAUAACAGCAAGCUUAUCAAUCGCUCAAAUCGACGAUAUGGUUUCCUACAAGCUUCAGAACUCGCGGAAGCCUCCAACAACCUAGUUCGACUGGCACAACUCGAGUCUUUCAGCAAGGAUAUCGCUGCUGUAGCUAAAAAUGGCCAGGUUGACUCACACUCUGAUCUACGAACACUUGCACCAAUUCUCAUCAACGGCAUUCUAAGACUUCGUGGCCGACUCAGGCAUGCGGCCAUAUCCGAAGAUAGUAAACAUCCGAUAAUCCUACCUGCACGACAUCCACUAACUACGUCUAUUGUGACCUACUAUCACCUGAAAAAUCUUCACGCCGGUCCUCAGCUGCUUGUAGCAUGUGUCCGGGAAAAAUUCUGGCCACUCCGCAUUCGAAAUUUAGCACGAAGCGUAGUGCACUCAUGUGUAAACUGUUUUCGCUGUCGUCCUCGUACCCUCGAUCAGAUCAUGGGAGAUCUGCCUUCAGAACGAGUUACUCCAUCGUUACCCUUCCUCAAUACUGGAGUGGAUCUUUGUGGACCGUUCCAGUAUCGCAAAGCCAGCAGGGCUCCACCAAUAAAAUGCUACGUAGCCAUCUUUGUUUGCCUUGUCACCAAGGCAGUUCAUGUGGAGCUAGUCUACGAUCUCUCCACUCAAGCGUUCAUAGCAGCGCUACAUCGAUUUGUCGCCCGACGAGGAAAACCGAACCUCAUAGAAUGCGACAAUGCCAAGAACUUCAAGGGUGCUGUGAGGGAACUAAAAGAAUUAGCCAAGCAGUUUCGUUCUCAACAACAUCAAAGCAAAAUAGUCAACCGUUGUGCUGAUGACGGGAUAACCUUUAAAUUCAUUCCGCCACGCAGCCCAAAUUUCGGUGGGCUAUGGGAAGCAGCGGUGAAGUCCUUCAAGCAGCACUUCCGUCGAACCGUAGGAAACUCGAUCCUAUCCCUGGACGAAUUCGUCACCCUGCUCGCCCGCAUCGAAGCCUGCUUGAAUUCUCGACCGCUGACUCCACUUACGGCUGAUGUCAAUGACUUGGAAGUUUUGACACCAGACUCGAUCGUUGGCAACGAAAUCAAGAGCUUCUUCGGCGGUUGUGGAAACGCUGGACGAUCGAUUACCUGUCUGGUCUUCAUCCACGUACCAAGUGGACUCGCAUACGAGACAACGUCGCCAUAG